AUGGCUCUAAUCUGCUUAACUGUAUUUCCAUUAGCAAUCGUCAUCAUUAUAAUUAUUGGUGGGUAGGUAAAAAAAUCUACCAAUGUUUCAACUGAGAAAUCAAAAAUGGUGGGCGGUAAAAUAGAAGAAAGUUUACAGAGUAUUAAAACUAUAUCUUCCUUUGCUCAAGAGGACAGUGAGAUAAUAGACUUUAAAAUUAAAGCUGGGGAUGCUAAAGCUUCUGCUAUAAAAUCUGAAUAUUUUACUGCUGCAUUUAUUGGUAUCUUAAAACUGGCAAUAUAUGGAAGUUAUGGAUUUAACUUUUGGAUGGCAACUCUGUACCUUGAUCAAGGAAAAUAUAAUCCAAGCACUGGAAGACCCUACACUUCAUCAGAACUAAUCUCAAUUCUUUUUAUCAUUUUGAAUUGCACUUCAACAGCAUUUUAAAUGAUCCCUAAUAUUUCUGCUGUUUUUAAGGCUAUACAAUCAGGUGAAGAAAUAUUCUAAAUUAUUAAUAGAUAACCUUAGAUUAAAAAUGGCAAAAAUAGCUUCGCUAAAUUAUAAAACUUUGACCAAAUUGAAUUUGUAAAUGUUUCGUUCAAGUAUCCUAAUGCCAAAGAAAACAUCCUUGAACAAAUCAAUUUUGAGAUAAAGUCUAAUACAACCACUGCAAUAGUGGGAGCUUCAGGGUCUGGUAAAAGCACUAUAAUACAACUAAUUGAGAGAUUUUAUGAUCCUUAGCAAGGAUCCAUAAAAUUCGGUCAGGUAGACCUUUAAGAUAUCACUUUGGAAAGCUUGCGCGAAUCUAUCGGUUAUGUGUAGUAAUAAAGAUGCCAGCUAAGAUGA